GACACUGUAAUUUAAGGGUGUUGGGACGAAGAGCGAGGUUAUAUUUAAGGCUAUGUCUAGGGCUGAGAGGGAUUCUCCGAGGGCUGACCUCCCCUCGCGCGGGCAGCCCGUCCCCCUAUUCCAGACCACAAAGUCAGCGAUGGGCGGGACGACAGUGCUCACUUUUCACUGAGCCGCAACUGUCAUAGCCCUGAUCUUGCGCUCCCAUUGGCUCCUGUCUGCUCCUACGUCACGAUCAUGAUUAGAAUUGAUGAUCGGACGUUUUGAUUUCAUUGUCUGGCGGAGGGGAAGUCGGGAAGAAAUCUGCUGAAUUCGGCCGUUCGUUUGAUUUGUCAACAAAGAAGCUCCCCAGUGUGCUGGUACGACAGAGGCGUCCAGACGGACACAGCUGUAGCUUGGGGAAUGCUUAAUGCCCUGGGACGAUCCACUGGGCCAAGGGUCCCUGUCCCUGAACUGCAGCUCUGACGCACGUGGAGCAGCAGCAAGAGCAGAGUCACGCUCUCCUGCCACAAAAAGAAGCCAGCAUUGCAUGCACCUGCAUGAUGGUCGACAUGCCAGCGCUCCACUGAUCACACAGACAGACUUUCCUGGGGUGUCACCUAGCACACCCCUCACUCUCCCUCUGGCAGCAUGGACGCGUGGCCUGAGAAAAGGACCGUCCAGACGAUGAACCUGCGCUCCGUCUUUACACCCGAGCAGCAGCGCAUCCUGGAGCGCUACUAUGAUAACGGCAUGACCAACCAGAGUAAGAGCUGCUUCCAGCUCAUACUGCAGUGUGCCCAGGAGACCAAGCUGGACUUCAGCGUGGUCCGGACGUGGGUGGGCAACAAAAGGCGGAAGUUGGCAUCCAAGGCUGAUCAGAAUGGAGGCGCAACGCAGGGCCCAGGCAGCCACACCUUAGCAGGGGCUGUUGGGGGUUCGGUGGCAGCUGGGGCCAUAAUGACCCCAGAAAUGGCUGCAGCACGUGGCGCACAGCGAGCUGCACACCUCCUCCCUCCCCCUGUCGCUUCUUCUUCAUCGUCACCGCUAUCGUCCUCCCCGUCUUCCUGCUCUUCCCACAGCAGCGGAAGCGUGAAUGCAAAUGGCAGCAACAACGACGUCAUUGUGACUGGCAUCUACUCACUGGCACGCACCUCCAGCCGCCUUGAGCCCUCCAUUCAGGCCAGGACCACUGCCAAAGCCUUGCCGCUGCACACGGAGGCUGAAAUACCUGCCCAGGUCGGCACCCGUCCUGCUCUGCAAGUAGACACCUCAGUUCUCCACUCCAGGCUGGCAGCCCUCCCUCGCAAAGUGCCCCAGCUCAGCAGCUCUUGUGGGCCGGUGCAGCAGGCUAGGAAGGCCUUCCCCCCUAGUGAGACGCCAGCCAUUGCCCGCGCAUGGGCUAGGCAGUCUUGGCCUUUUUCCUCACAGGCACACACGCAGCCUACACCCUCUGUCACGACUGCAGUGCACUUGGCUUCCCAGCCUUGUACCAGUGAUCCAGGCGUCAGAGUCCAACAGGUCUUUUCCCUGGCCACUCUGGGAAAUGGGCAGCACAGGUCUGCACCAGAGAGCAGCCUGCUUCGAGCGCCAGUCAAGACACAGCCAUCUGAUAGCAUGGGGUGCUUUUCCAUCGCCAUGGAAACUGGGGAUGCGGAUGACGAGUAUGCCAAGGAGGAGGAGCUGGCCAGCAUGGGUGCACAGAUCCAGAUGUGCCCAACGGGUGGCAGCAGCGGAGGUGUGAGCUCAGGGGCCUGUGCCUUGGGAAAAAGUCUCACUUCUGGAAAACCUGUGAGUGCUGAUCCCUACGUGGGAAAAGGACACCAGACAACACCCAGCUUGUCUCACUGCCCUCCAAGACAAAGCUCCUUCUUCAGCAGCAGUGCAGGUUCUCGAGGAAGCUACCCAGCGAGGCUUCCCCAGCAGGGCUCCCUGCAGACAGUGUCCACGCUCCAGGCGUCUGGCAGCCUCUCUGCCCCCUGGAUUACUAGCAACUCUCGUAAAAGAACGCUUCAAGACAGGACACAGUUCAGUGACAAGGACUUGCGUACCCUGAAGAAGUACUGGGACAACGGCAUGACCAGCCUAGGUUCUGUCUGCCGUGAGAAGAUCUCAGCCGCUGCUAAUGAGCUUGGAGUUGACAGCGAAAUCAUUAAGACCUGGAUAGGCAAUCGGCGCAGAAAGUACCGGCUCAUGGGCAUUGAGAUUGCGCUCCCAAAGGGAGGCCCCCCUGCCUUUAUCGACCAUUCAUGUGCAGAGUCUCCUCGCUCCCUGACAUCUGAUGGGGACGAGGUAAAGACCUCCGAUCCAGGAGAGGACAGUGAGAGAAACGAUGAAGUGUCCAUCUGCUUGUCAGAGGAUGGUGCAAGUGACUCCAUUCAGAGGGAUGAGGAUGAAGACUUGGAUGAAGAGACAAACAGCACCUCUCUGGCAGACAAUGUGAAGAUUGAAAUAAUUGACGAUGAUGAAGACGAAGAAGAUGAUGGUGGUAUAAUUGGCUCAGACAUGGAACAUUUGCAGAACCUUCUGGAGUUCAAGCAAGAAGAGGUGCGGUACCUUGAGAGCGAGCUAGAGAACCAAAAAGAAAAAUACCACAAGCUGCAGAGCUUCACUCGAAAUUUACUGAGUGCUGUGAAGAACAUGGACAAGGAGAAACAGCAGGAGCUGUUGGCCAGCCUACCUCAAGAAGUGGAAGACGACUGGGAGAUGAGCUCUGAGAGAGAUAUAGAGCUCAGUGCCCCUGCACUCACCACCCACAACUCCUCCUCUGCAUCAGAGGAGACUGGGGCAGCAGGACCCUUGUGACAAUGGCCCCUGGCUCCUCCUGCUCUUUUGUCUCCAUGCACUCCACGCAGUGCCUGCCGAAACUUGCCCAACUGUUACAGGCUCAGAAGAAGGCCUUUUUCUACUGCAUAUCCUGCUGCCUUGUGAGUAGGUUAAGUAUAAGAACAAUAAAAGCCACUGGCAUC